AUGGAGACUGUUCAGUUGGAGAAGCAAGUUCGGGACUCUGAGAGGAGGGCAUCAGAGACAGCUGAACAGAAUAGGGAGUUGAGGAGAAUGUUGGACAGGCAGCAGAAGGAGUUGAGCACCACCCGCCUGCACGCUGACAGGCUGACAGACAAGCUACGCAGUGAGAAUAGUGCCCGCCAGUCAGUCGAGCAGCAUGCCCGACACCUGGAGUACACGUUCGAGAGCAGUGGCAAGGGGGUGGCACUUCUGAAGGCAGCAAAGUGUGACAAGGAGCUGGACAAGGCGAGAGAAGAAAGCAGGGUGCUGGCCGAAGAGUUGGGGGCCAAGGUAGUUUGUGUUCUCCGUUGUCGUGACACUGCCAUUCGACCAUGGCUGAGAUUGCACAAGUUGGGGCGCUCUGCCCGGUCAAUUUGA